CAGUCUUCCAACCUUGAACCCAUUGGUUUAGAUGCCAAGAUUUGAGGAGGAACAAUAUAUUGAAGUAGGGUGUAUCUUCACUUGUCGUUGACUCAGCUCUUGGAUAGCAUUUCCCGGUCUGCUGCCUCCAUUGUCUAAAAGCAUCCGUAGCUUCAACCAGCCCAGAUUGCAGACGAUUCCCUCAUAACUUCAUUUCCAAGUCGCAUCUAUCAUGGCUGGGAAGUUUGAACCCAAGGUGGCCGUCCAACUUAAUCCGCCAAAGGAUGACCCCAUCUCUGUUGAGGAGCUAGCCAAAUGUGAUGGCAAGGACGGAGCAAAGUGCUAUGUUGCCAUAAAGGGCAAAGUAUAUGAUGUGACGGGAAACAAAGCCUACCAGCCAGGCGGCUCUUACCACGUAUUUGCUGGGAAGGAUGCCUCGCAAGCACUGGCAAAGACAUCAACCAAGGCAGAAGAUGUGAAGCCGGAGUGGAGCGAUUUGAGCGACACAGAGAAGAACACAUUGAAUGACUGGGUGACUUACUUCUCAAAGCGCUACAAUGUUGUUGGCAGAGUUGAGGGGGCGACAAACACAGAGUAAUGAAUUAUUAUUCUUGUCUUCUAUGGAGUAG